AUGUCUUCCCUCGACGAAACGUCCACUAAAAUUCUGGUUCUCGGCGAUUCAUGCGUCGGAAAGACGUCUCUUUGCCAUUGUAUCGCCGCCGAACCCUCUCGAACAUUCGAUUCGACAAUCGGAGCGACAGUUAUAAUGGCAUGGCAUGAAUAUCGUGCGGGAACACCGGAACAGAGAUCCGAGCUCUUGGAGUUAUGGGAUAUUGGGGGAAUGGUCGCCCAUCGACAGGCCGCCCAAGUAUUCUUUGAAGGAGCGGUUGGCGCGAUUCUGGUGCAUGAUUUGACGAAUCGGAGGAGUGAGGAGAACCUCGCAACAUGGCUGACAAUGCUCGACGGGAAGCCACGAGCCCCGAAAUCAUCCAAAGACCCGGCAGCCGUCGCUCUGAAAGUUGACAUUGAAAGUUGCAACAUUCCCGUGCUAAUCGUCGGAACAAAAGCUGAUUUAGUGCCCCAUAAAGGGCCAGUGAGCUACGAUAGACUUCACAUUGACUCCCUGAAAAAUAUCAUCCGAGGAUCCGCCAAUUCCAUUACACUCGCCAGAUUCUUCGACUCUUGUCUCGAUAGAACUCGUCGGACCACUCUGAAUUCGUCGUUUUUCGCCGCCAACGCGUCGAAAAUGACACCGAAUACGUCGAUUAUUGGGGCACCGUCGACGACGGCUUCAGAUGUGACGAAUCGCACGAUGAGCCCGUUCACCACAAUUCCCAUGGGCACUUCAUAA